AAAAUAAUAGCGUGGGAGUGAUUUACCCAAUUAGGAUUUAUUAGUGUGACAUCUAAGUUUGGUAUUGUACGCGAUGCCAGCAAUGGCGACCCCGAAGCUCUUACUAUCAAAGCUUCUUCGUCGUCGCUCUUCUCCAACUCUUUCUUCCCUAAUCUCGUCUUCUUCUUCUUCUUCUUCUCACACUUGUUCGCAUUCAAACCUCUUCGAUCAAUCUCACAACCUCACAUCCCCAAAACGCUUUCUUCCCCUUCCACCAUCGACUCUGCACUCGCUCUCUCCUCACUACAAUUUCUUGUGUUUCCGCUUUCUCUCCACUCGUGACUCGGAAUUCGGUCCGAGUCUGGACUCGGACAAUCAGUCUGAUGAGUUUUCUAGCCUAGGGUUUGCUGGUGGUGGUGGUGGUGGUGGUGUUGAUGAUGAUGGUUUGGACGUUGCAGAGGCGCUGGUUAGUGCUUCUGCUUCUGCUGGUGAUAGCAGCGUUGCGGAGUCGAUUCUUCCUGUUCGUGCAGUGGUUUCGUUGCUUGAUUAUUGCCAUGACUUCACUGGAUUGCCUUGGUGGGUAAUAAUUGCUUCUUCAACUUUGGUUCUUAGAAUUACAUUGCUGCCCAUGCUUAUAUUGCAACUCAAGAAGUUAAAAAAGAUUGCAGAAUUGUUUCCUAAAUUGCCUCCUCCAUUGCCACCACCUCUCUCAGGAAGAAGUUAUAUCGACCAACUUUCACUCUUCCGUAAGGAAAAACGAUCUGUUGGGUGCCCUUCAUAUUUAUGGUUCCUAGCAUAUUUUUCUGUCCAGGUCCCAUGCUUUUUCUUGUGGAUGACAAGCAUUCGUAGGAUGUCACUUGAUCACCAUCCGGGGUUUGAUUGUGGUGGCAUUUUAUGGUUUGAGAAUUUGACUGAAUUCCCUCAUGGGGUUUUAGGUGCCAUCUUUCCACUUCUCAUUGCCACUUUGCAUUUUGCUAACGUUCAGGUUUCAUUUCGGACAUCUUCAGUAGGAAAAGUGACUGGCUUGUUCGGCUUAUUAGCUCAAUAUUACAAGUUGUACUUGGAAAUAUUGACACUACCUUUAAUGCUCAUUGGGUUUUGUGUACCCCAGGGGAGUUUGGUCUAUUGGCUGACUAAUAGUUCGUUGACUCUCAUUCAGCAACUCUCUCUCAACCAUCCUGGUGUUCGUGAGAAGUUAGGGCUACCUGACAAGGCGGCUCCAGUCCCUACUGCAAAUUGUGAAGAAAUGGAUACACCUGGAGAAAUGCAACCAGAUCUGCUAAGAAAGGAGCGAAAAAUUCGUGUGCACAAUCUGUCUGCUCAAGAACUACUUGCUUUAUCUGUCCAACUCUUGGCUAAAGGUCAUAAAGAUAGAGCAAUUCCAUUGCUACGAUUGGCACUUGAAAAGGAUCCCAAUUAUGUGCAAGGCUUGGUUGUUAUGGGACAGACACUAUUGCAAAGUGGACAGCUUGCAGAGGCUACCGAAUACUUGGAGCGUGCCAUCUCCAAGCUUUUUCUCAUUGGCCAUCCAACAGAAGUUGAGGAGGUUGAUCUCUUGAUUCUCGCUUCUCAAUGGGCAGGCAUUGCCUAUAUACGUCAGGAGAGAUGUGCAGAGGGAAUCAAACACCUUGAAAGAGUUGCAAAUUUGAAAGAGCCGGAGGAUUCAAAGAGCAAAGCCCAUUACUAUGAUGCAUUUAUACUGCUUGCGAGGGGAUCAAUUGGCCUUUUCAGUGCUUUAUACAAGGAAGGUCGCAAGGCUGAGGCUGCUAAGUAUUUGCGCAUUGCAGUUGUUUAUGAUUCUGCUUACAAUGUAUACUUAGAACAAUGUGAAAAGGACGAUGAUGAAUUUGUUGGUGAUCUUGUCAGCAGCAGGAGGAGAGAUUACUAAUUUUCUAGUCCUUCUAAAAUUAAUUUGUUCUUUUCUUGUUGAUUUCACCUUCUGAUUGAUUUGCAUCUUGGAAUAAACAUAAGCAUAAAGGGAUAAAAAGCCACCCUUUCAGUUUUGUAUGAUUUUACUAUAUUUACAUUUGUAUUUCUAUUUAUUCAUUUAUUUGUUUUGUAUUAUUAGUACUAGAGGUUUAAUGGUUGAAAGACAUUCUGAGGUUUCGUGGGAAAUCAUAAUGGAUUACCCAAAUUGGUAGUGUUUGUUUGGAGGGUAUGAAAGUCAGUUAAAAUGCAACUUUAUAGAUUAUGUAAUUCCAAUUGCAGACCAAUGCAGUUUAUCUGUGUUAUCAUUAA